UGCGACAUCGGUCUUGCUUUUCUUCCUUGGCAUUAUCUGAAAUGCAACCACAGCUGGUAUUUACCAUAGAAACCCCCUUUGGCAGAUUUAACAUCUUGCCCAAGAAACAGAGAUCCUCCGAUUUCGACAAAACACAGCGAUAGAUCUUCAUCUGUACAUGGCCUCAAUGGCUGGGCCAUAGCCUUUCCAUCAUGCGAUUUCCUCACCAUAGCCUUUCGACCUGCUUCAGACGAUGCUUAACCGUUCAACCUAAUGGCCUAGACGGUGUCGUACGCCAAUCCAGCCUCUCACAAUGUUUUCGCCAACAAACCCCCUCACCGCUGCAGCGUCAGCGCGGGUUCUCGACCUGCAGUUUUGCGCGACAGCAACAGCAACAACAACGGGGACCGGCUGAAUCUCUAGCCGGAGACCCUGACAGGACACAACAUCACUCUGGCGGAAACAAGAAGGCAACCAACAAACGCACCAAGGGCCGUGGUAAGAAUCCGCUUCGGGCCAUUGCCAUCAAGGCCCAGAAGCAACCCCCAACGAGCACACGAUAUGUCGGCAAGAGUCACGCGUCCUCGGACGAACCUGCGCUCUCCAACACCAGCGAAGAUGCCAGCGCGUCGCUCGUCACAGCCGUCUGUGUGGCCGAAGGCUUCAACAUGGACGGCGUGACGCGCAUCCUCUCGGCACACGGUUACUCGCUCGACCCCGAGGGCACCGGCUUCGAGCCACAGGAAGUGGUACAUGCGCGCGCCAAGGGCCAGGGCGACAUCUUUGUAUUCCCCUCGGGCACCGUGGUAGCCUGGUCGCUGCCGACCGAGGUCGUCGAGUCGCUGGCCGCCGAGACGCUCCUCCCAGCCGCCCAGGAACCGCACGUUGCCAGCCUCGAGACGGAAGACCUAUACUUUGUCACAGACCCUGACCGAGAGGUCAGCGCCGUCAAGGGCGACGAUACGGUGGUGCUGGGCACGCGGCGAGAGCUGCGUGAUGGAGACCGGUUGGACACGACGCUGGCACAGAUUGCUUUCUCGUCGGGUCUGGCGCAGAGCACCAAGCUCGCCGUGCUCGAGGCGUGUCUGACCGACUACUUCAAGUCGAUGCGGCGUCUGCCCGAGAACCUGUCGCGGGGGUCUGAUCUCCGCCUGAAUAAUCGCCGCUUCAUCCUGCAAAAGACAGGCGAGCUGCUUAGUCUGCGCGCGCAGCUCAAUCACUACUCGGAGCUCACCGACUCUCUACCGGACAUUUUCUGGGAGAACCGAGGGUCGGAUGAGCUGAAUCUCGAAAGCUACUUUGACCAGGUUGGCAAGUCGCUAGACAUUCGUGUCCGUAUCCGCAUUUUGAACGAAAAGAUGGACUACGCUCAAGAAAUGGCCUCUGUACUUCGUGAGAUGGCAGCGCAGAAGCACGGGACACGGCUCGAGUGGAUCAUUAUCAUUCUCAUCGCCGUCGAAGUUAUGUUUGAGUUGCGGCGUGUAUACAUAGAGUCGACAUCCAGUCGACAUCAAGAAGGAUUGGACUGAUGCUGCUUCCACAACAAGAGGGGGCGUGUAAUUUUUUGUGUGCAGUUUCUUGUAUAUGAAUAGUUUUCUUUUGGUUAUAUUGAAAAGAUACCCCUUUCACUUUUAUGCAUAAUAUCUCAACUUCGUUCAUUCUCGCAUAUCACCAACUAACUGGUUUAAGAGAGUCGU